GGCGCCUGGUUUUCCCUCGGAGCAACGAACAAGGUGAAAAUGACUAAAAAAGUUCUCGAAUAAUUUGUCAUCCUGCGACUACGAAGGCUGCUGCGUGGCUGAGAGCGAUCCACUCAUUCCGGCGGCUCCAUUGGAGAAGGCAGUGCGCGGUGCCGCGACCUUUGGAGGAUGAAGCGUGCGCUGCGUUCGUGAAGGUUGUGGAACAGAGAGAGAGAGCAGACAGUCAUCUGAAAAGACGGGCAUAUACCGCGCUACACACUCCUAAAUCCUUUCCGCCCGGUGCCAGGUGUGUUGCCGCUGUGUCCGUUUCCGAGGAACAUAACAUACUGGUGUUGUAGCUGUAGACACCAGCGCGGAAUACAAGUUUCCGAAAAGGCGGACGUACUUGGAUAAGAAGAAUCCGAGACGCCGAACACGAAUUUACAGAAUCCCUUAAGAUUAAUUAGCGGAUACAGUCUUCAGUUAAUGUUACGGCGGCUGGCAGGUGCAGUCGGACGCAGGGCGAAUAACACUGGGUUAUCUGUCUUGAGAAUUGCCUGGACGGUGCGCGAAAUCUCACGGUGUGUCAGGUAGAUACGUGUAGCUAGCUCCUUGUUAUGUGUAUGGCGAGCUGUGUGAAAGAACAUGGACUAGGUCGAUAACUCGUUUGGAGCAUACGUUUCACUGCACAUCAACGACUGUUGGACACACCUGUUUGUUUGUUCUCGUGUUUUGAAAUUAUCUGUUACUUAGUAUUUUUGCCACUGUGAAUAGCAUCGGUGCGUCCACGAUACCCUUGGAAAUAGCAUUCUGAUAAGUAAUGAUUCGGAAGGUGAAGAAAUUCCAUGUUGCUUCGUAGUGUUUGACUAGACUAUAAAGUGGUAACGCAGUUACGGAAUCGAUUGGACUAUUUCGGCAAUAACGCCUUGGAAUACGACAGCAGCUGUGAGUGUGAUCUCACUUGCCUUGGGUACUGUACACCGCUGACGUAAACAGCCUUGAACCUACAAUCCGUGCAAGUCAAGUUGACAUAGUUUUUAUGCAUGGCACGAUUAAGCGGAUAAAGGCAUACUUAUAACCAACAACUGUUUAAGGAAUGGAACGCAACACACGUGGGGAGAGUGCUGCAUUUCAGAAUCAACAUCACUGUGCAAUUCUUUCCUUUUGCGCAAUUGCGUUUUAGGAAAACAUAGCUACAUCUGGCGAACGAUCCUCCUCAGACUUUUUGCAAAAGCUUUGGAAAAGGAUUAACCAUGUCUAAAACGCUGAAAAAGAAGAAGCACUGGUCUGGCAAAGUGCAGGAGUGUGCCGUGUCGUGGGGGAACGCCGGAGAGUUCAGCUCUGUGGUUGAGGUGCGGGGGGGAGCCGAGCUCGGAGAAUUCCCGUACCUGGGCCAGGUGAUGUCGGACGCGAUUGUGUGUCACGUCGGCAGGCCGCCAAACAGUGGGGACGUGCUGCUGGAGGUGAACGGAACCCCGGUGAGCGGGCUGACAAACCGCGACACCCUGGCUGUCAUCCGCCACUUUCGAGAACCCAUUCGCCUGAAAACCGUCAAACCAGGGAAGGUGUUGAACACAGACCUGCGCCAUUACCUCAGCCUGCAGUUCCAGAAGGGCUCGCUGGACCACAAGCUGCAGCAGGUCAUCCGAGACAACCUCUACCUGCGCACCAUCCCCUGCACCACAAGGCAGCCCAGAGAGGGGGAGGUGCCGGGGGUGGACUACAACUUCAUCAGCGUGGGGGAGUUCCGCAUCCUGGAGGACAGCGGCCUGCUGCUGGAGAGUGGUACCUACGACGGUAACUACUACGGGACACCCAAACCGCCCGCAGAGCCCAGCCCUGUCCAGCCCGACCUGGUGGACCAGGUCCUGUUCGACGAGGAGUUCGACACCGAGGUCCAGCGCAAGCGCACGACCUCCGUCAGCAAGAUGGACAGGAAGGACAGCGCUGCCCCCGAGGAGGAGGACGAUGAGGAGCGGCCCCCCUUGGUCAACGGCCUCACAGAGCACAAGGACGGGGCUGAGUGGAGGAAGGCCGUGCCCAGCUACACCCAGUCCAGCAGCGGCAUGGACUUCCGCAUGUGGAACUCUCUGCCACGCGACGAGAGCCAGGAGCCCCUGCCCAAGAACUGGGAGAUGGCCUACACUGAGACUGGCAUGGUCUACUUCAUCGAUCACAACACCAAGACCACCACCUGGCUCGACCCCCGUCUGGCAAAGAAGGCCAAGCCCCCCGAAAAAUGUGAAGAUGGAGAGCUCCCGUAUGGCUGGGAGAAGAUAGAGGACCCGCAGUAUGGCACCUACUACGUGGACCACAUCAAUCAGAAGACUCAGUUUGAGAACCCAGUUCUGGAGGCUAAGAAGAAGCUGAACCAGGAGACAACCCCUGCCAGCCAGCAGGGGGCAGCACCUCCCCCAGAGGAGGGCGGGGUGAAGGGCUUCACGCGAGACCCAUCCCAGCUGCAGGGGGCCAUGAUCCGCACAGCUCUGAGGAAGAGCACGCAGGGUUUCGGCUUCACCAUCAUCGGGGGCGACCGGCCUGACGAGUUCCUGCAGGUGAAGAACGUGCUGAGGGACGGCCCGGCCGCCCACGACAACAAGAUCGCCUCCGGCGACGUGAUCGUGGACAUCAACGGCACGUGCGUGCUGGGCAAGACCCACGCGGACGUGGUGCAGAUGUUCCAGUCCAUCCCGGUCAACCAGUACGUGGACAUGGUGCUGUGCCGGGGCUACCCGCUGCCCGAGGAUGCCACGGGCAGCGACGACGCCGGCGCCGCCGGGGAGGUGGUGACCGCCGUGCCGCUCAUCAACGGCCAGCCCCUGCACAGCUCCGCCCAGGAGCUGCACUACGUGGCCGCCGACGGCAGCGGCCGGGCCGUGGUGGCUGCCGCCCUGCCCAACGGCCGCUACCCGGAGCAGUCCGACCCCGCCCUGCUGCAGCCGGAGCUGGUGAGCGUGCCGCUGGUGAAGGGGCCCGGCGGCUUCGGCUUCGCCAUCGCCGACUGCCCGCUGGGCCAGAAGGUGAAGAUGAUCCUGGACGCGCAGUGGUGCCGCGGCCUGCUGAAGGGCGACGUCAUCAAGGAGAUCAACCGGCAGAACGUGCAGACACUCAGCCACGCCCAGGUGGUGGACAUCCUCAAGGACCUGCCCGUGGGCAGCGAGGUCAACGUGCUGGUGCUCAGAGGAGGUCAGACAUCUCCUGUGAAGUCUCUAAAACCUAAGCAGGAGAUGACCACCAGCACGGAGGCCCUGAACGCGUCCGAACCGCCCCCCCAGCCCCUGCCCUUCCCCCCCAACAUCGUGCGCUCCAGCUCCCCCAAGCUGGACCCCUCCGAGCUCUACCUGAAGUCCAAGGCCCUGCUGGAGAGCAAGCCACCCAACACCAAGGACCUGGACGUCUUCAUCAAGAGGAACCAGGAGUCUGGCUUUGGGUUCCGCGUUUUGGGCGGAGAGGGUCCCGACCAGCCGGUGUACAUCGGCGCCAUCGUGCCCCUGGGUGCGGCGGAGAAGGACGGGCGUCUGCGGGCGGGCGAUGAGCUUAUGUGCAUCGACGGCGUGCCGGUCAAGGGCAAGUCCCACAAGCAGGUGCUGGAGCUGAUGACCAACGCCGCCCGCAACGGCCAGGUCAUGCUGACCGUCCGCCGAAAGGUGGUCUACGCAGAGGGUGGGGGAGCUGAAGAGGAGGGUGCCCAGCAGGCCCCCGCCGUGGUGAACGGCUCCCCCAAACUGCCCCGCAGCGAGGGCGCCGCCCAGGCCGAGCAGGAGUCGUACGACGUCACGCUACAGCGCAAGGAGAACGAGGGCUUCGGCUUCGUCAUCCUCACCUCCAAGAACAAGCCGCCCCCCGGGGUGAUCCCCCACAAGAUUGGACGAAUCAUCGAGGGCAGCCCCACCGACCGCUGCGGCCGGCUCAAGGUGGGCGACCGCAUCUCGGCCGUCAACGGCCAGUCCAUCGUGGAGCUGGCUCACAACGACAUCGUGCAGCUCAUCAAGGAUGCCGGGAACACCGUCACCCUCACCGUGGUGCCGGAGGAUGACCACAGCGGGCCUCCCUCUGGAACCAGCUCAGCCAAACAGAGCCCGGCAUCCCAGCACCGAGCCGUGGGCCAGCAGCCCGCCAACCGGGACGACAGGCCCAGCCAGGAUGUCGAGGAGAAGAAGGAGGGCGGGUCUUGGGGGGAGUACAGGAGCCUUCCUCAGAGUGAGCCAGGCACGCUGUGCGCCACAAGCAAACAGGGCUGCAUCCUUGUGGAGCUGGAGAGAGGCCAGAGGGGGUUUGGCUUCAGCCUGCGAGGGGGGAAGGAGUACAACAUGGGCCUGUUCAUCCUGCGCCUGGCUGAGGACGGCCCUGCUCUCAAAGACGGGAGGAUACAUGUUGGUGACCAGAUAGUGGAGAUCAAUGGGGAGCCCACUCAGGGCAUCACCCACACUCGGGCCAUUGAGCUCAUCCAGGCUGGGGGCAAUAAAGUCCUGCUGCUUCUGAGACCCGGACUGGGCCUGGUUCCCGACCACAAUCAGAAGGAUAAGAAGAACGUAUCGCCCACAAGCUUGCCACGAAUUUCAGCUUCUGAUGAGUCGGUAUCCCCUGCUUCUCCAUCCACCAUCUCCAUCCCUACCUCCGAAGCCUCCCCAACAUCCACUACCACCAGCGCCACCGCCAGCGCCACCACCACUGUCACCAGACAAGAGGACCCUCCUGGCCGGGACGCUGCCGCCCCCUCCUCCGGGCUGCCGGAACCCCGAGCCGACUUGGCCAUCAGCCAGGCCGACAUCGACAGAGCUGCCCCGGGCCAGGACCCGGCCCGAGAGCAGGCCGGUAAGCCCCGUGGCCAGCACCCACACUCCCACCACCACCACAAGCAUUCCGCAAGCCCCGAGACCCUGGACCGCAAGUCCCUCCCCAAGAAAACUGAAUCCAGCGCCUCCCACAGCGACAAGCCUGGCAGCCCGAAGAAAGCCAAGGGAGCACGGGCGGACGGGAGAGAGCGCUCGCGUAGCCCACGGAAGGCGGACAGGAACCUGGCCAUCCCCGUCGACAGCAAGGACAGCUCCACCAGCGCCCGGGAUGCGGAACCCAGCAAGGAGAGGAAGGCCCGUCCACAGAAGGAGAGCCGUGCCUCCAGCCCCAGGAAGUCCGCUGGGAAGGAUCAGGAUGCCGCUGCCAGGCAACCAUCAAAGAGCCAGGACGAGCCGCAGAAGAGGGUGACGGGGCACCAUCCCAGCACCGCAGGGGGAGAUGGUAAAGAGAAGAGGCGCAAGGACGAGGACCCCAAACGCAGGCAGGAGAGGGAGGCGGCCGGAGGCAGGGCGGAGCCGACCAGGGUGGCCAAUGAGCCGCGCAGGAAGGAAAAGGAAGCAGAGAGAGAGGCGGGGCCUCAGAGGUCCCACUCCCAGACACAGCGAGAGAAGGGCAAGGCAGAGGAGGCAGGCACCCUGAGCCGGAAGGGGCAGAGGGACAUGGAGAGGGAGAGGGAUCGGGAGAGGGAGAAGGAAAGAGAGAGGGAUCGGGAUCGGGAGGGCAGGGAGGCCAAGAGGAAAGGAACUCCAGGAGAUGAGAACAAAAAAGAUCCCAGGGGAUCCACCAGUUCCAUUCAGGAGCCCUCCUGCAAUGGGAACACCAUUAGCAAGAAGACACCCAUCACCCCUGGCCCAUGGAAGGUGCCCAGCACGGCCAAGAUCAUGUCCCAGUCGGAGGCGACCCGAGAGGGGAACUAAUGCAUCAUGGACAAUGUAGCCAUUAGAAAAACAAGCAGCAAUCAUCUCACUGAUUUAGUCAAUCAGACUGGUCUGGGGUAUUUCACUUUACUUUGUACUUGCAUCAUGCAUCCAUAUUACUUAAGUGUACACAUCAGUUUAACCCUCUCACCUCUGCGUCACGCAAAGUGGUGUCAGCGUUCUCCUUGUUUUUCUGCCUUAUGUUUGCUUUUGUUUUUUUUGGGUUUUUUUUAAGAGGAGAAAGAAAAAACUGUUGGAGACACGUUCACAUCUGUGAACUCUGUCUAGCCAACAGUGAUGCCUAUCAAUCCUACUAUGUGCCAAAUGGGGACUCAUGGGAAGAACAAUAUCCAUGCCUCACCCUCUGUGUCCGGCUUUCGUAUGCAGUGAAGGAUGUUUGCAUCUAUUGCUCAGACAUGAAGGAAGACAUUCUCUGCUUCUACGGUCUACAGACCUGUGUACAGGCAUUCAACAGCAUUCCCCCCCUAUGGGUUUGUUUUACUGCAUGCAUUUACAAUGUUCUGUCAAUGUUUUUUGAUCGUGGACCUUUUUGACACCAAGGAGAUCCUGCUCGCUGUUUUUCUGUCUGUAUCUAGAAAUCCAGUUCAGAGAUGUUGAUCGAAUGUGUACACGUCGUGUGUAGACUCCAGAUUGCUAUGUAAUCAUCUGCUUUGCAGUGAAUUUUAGACUAUUUUCAAACCAUAGACUUGAUAUGUAUCUUUAAAAAAAAACGACCAGAUACUUGUGGUUAAGUAUAUUGUUUACUACAUGUAUGUUUAUGAUAAAGCAUAUCUAACUUAUUGAGAUAUAUAUGAAAAAAGAAUAUAUAAAUAUAUGUAUCCAUUCUGAGCCAUUCCACAUUUUGAUGUAGUGCUCCAAGGUUCGUUCAGAGUACUUAGAGCCUGCACCAUCCUCUUAAUGGUCUUUAAUGUUAUCAGCUUCUCUUAGGUUGUCUGUAAAAAUGUGUAUACAACAAGCAGGCAGGUAAGUGUUGUUAGACAUUGCAGUAGCUUGGACUGUCCUUUUAUUAAAUGUGUAUAUCAUUUAGCUAUGCAUUUCCUGAACUACAUGUGGGGAAAAAAAACAAGUUUGGUUUUCGUUUGUAUUAAUAUGUGGCUACAUUGUGCCCAAGGGUACCUUUCGUUAGCCAUUUGUGGUAGCUAAUGGAUUCAAGUAAGCUGAUUCAAAGGCGUACUGCUUCGUAUUUCAUGCACUCUAAAAUAUCAGCACUAAUAUGUCAUUUUUCUCAUAACAGUCAAUAUUUACAUUAUGUGUCAUUUGCUUUGAAGUGCUAGGGGCUCAGCUUUCAAUGUUGAUGAAAUGACUGACUCUUUGAAGAUUUCAUUACAGCACAUUUCUGACAAGGCACCAACCAGUUAUCUUGAUGUCGCCAAAAGCAAAGCUCAUUUGAAGUCUUAGAAAAUCAUAGCACAAAAAAAUGGUUUUCUCUCAUGUAAAAGGUGAACUGUGAAGUAUCCUCUAUGCAUUUGUGCAAACUGGUAGAUUUCAUUUGUUUAAUAAUUCACAUGGAUCAUACAGUUUGAUGUUUCUGUAGGCAUCAUGUCAGAAGACAUCAUGUACUUACAAGUGAAGGAUGAGCUCCAGGAACAUAAGUGUUGACAUUUGAUCGUACCACUUUGUGUAUGUGUACACGCAGAUCUAAGACCAUGAAAUGCUAAACAGUAUGCCUUUUGUAUUACCUACUGUACAAAGUGAACAAUGAUUUAACAAUGGCUGGCUACUGAGUUGUUAUGUCUUGGAAACACAGUUUCAUUCUAGUGUUGAAUCAGUUGAACGAUUUCUCAGAAUUAAACUACACAAA